CCUCCCAAGAUCGCGUGGACGUCGACAAACUGAGAGCACGCAGGUAACUGAGGCUACGACAUGACGUCACCGCGCUCUUUCAAUGACCUUUUGGACCCUGAGUGGAAAACUUUAUAUUGCUUUUGUCAUGUCGGACCGCCAGCUCUUCCUCGUCUUCAUGCUUGUCCCCGCCGCUAUGACUCUGGACUUUCGUUACCACAGCAACCGCGAGAUAGAGCAUUACCUUCUUCAGGUCAACGCUACCAAUCCAGACAUUGCGCACCUGUACAGCAUCGGACGCUCAGUCGCAGGUCAACAGCUGUGGGUGUUGGCUUUGGGUCUGAGCCCCCACCGUCACACAAUUGGGAUCCCCGAGUUCAAGUAUGUGGCCAACAUGCAUGGAAAUGAGGUUCUGGGCCGCGAGCUGCUUCUGCAGCUAGUGGCCGACCUGGUGCGUGGUUACCGUGGCAACGAGAGCUGGGCCAUGCAGAUUCUGAACAGCACGCGUGUCCACUUCCUGCCCACGAUGAACCCAGACGGCUUCGACCGGGCUGACAGCAACUGCCAGCUCAGCCAAGGAAGGUUCAACCAUAAUGGCGUGGACCUGAAUAGAAACUUCCCUGAUGCCUUCGCUGAUCCACCGGGGCAGCAUGUCACGGACGACGACAGCGGCAGAGAGGCUGAGGUGCGGGCCGUGAUGGGCUGGUUGAAGACGGAGACGUUUGUCCUCUCGGCCAACCUCCACGGCGGCGCCCUGGUGGCCAGCUAUGCUUACGACAACAGCGGUGACGACCUGGUGGGUGAGGCCAGCUUGACGCCCGACGAUGACGUCUUUGUCCACCUGGCCAAGGUGUAUUCGGCUAACCAUGCCAGUAUGCACAAGGGGGGUCACUGUGCAGACCAGGGACCCUUUAAGGACGGCAUCACUAACGGCUACCAGUGGUACCCGCUCUCGGGGGGUAUGCAGGACUACAACUACGUGUGGGCUCAGUGCCUGGAGGUGACGCUGGAGGUGUCAUGCUGCAAGUUCCCUCCGGCCGGGGAGCUGGUUGCCUUGUGGGCUGACAACAGGAGGAGUCUGCUGGCCUUCAUCCGCCAAGUCCACUUGGGGGUCAAAGGGCGCGUGCUAGAUGGGUCGGGGGUGGCCGUGCGCAACGCCGUGGUGGAGGUGACCGGUCGCCGCAACAUGCAGCCCUUCACGACCAACAAACACGGGGAAUACUACAGACUGCUGCUGCCGGGCAACUACACUUUCACUGUGACCUAUCCCGGCCACGAGGUGCUGACGGAGACUUUUGUCAUCCCUUUCGGCCCGGAGCGAAACUCGGCCCUGACGCAUGACUUUGUGUUGCGUCGCUACGCCACAGCAACGGGUGACCCCAUGCUCUCAACCACCAGGCCUUCGUCGUCGUCGCCGCCGCCAUGGACGCUGGCGCCGCUUGGAACGGCCCUUGCGUUGCAGCGCUUGAUCAGCUGAUGUUCUUUGCGAUG